ACUGUGCAGGGGGUCAGACUAGAUGAUCAUAAUGAUCCCUUCUGACCUUAAAGUCUAUGAGUCUGAGAAAAAGGGAAUAAAAUUCAAUAUGGAUUUGCCAAGGCAGAUGUUGCCAGAUUAAUCUGGAUUUUUUUUAUUAGAUAACUGAUACAUUUUAAACAAGUGAAAUGUAGGAGGUAUAAUCUGGACUUCAGUAAAGCAUUUGAAUGAGUCCCACACAUGAAAUUAUUAGUUGUAAUACAGACAAUGGAGAUUAGUACAGGACCUGUAACUGCAUAAAGAACUGACUAAUAGAUGAUGCCACCCAUUUCCAAUGAGCACCUCCAUCAAUAGAUGAGGAUCUGCUCUCUGCUUGUAGUGCCCUCUGUUGGCAGGUAAUCUUGCCAGAUAGGUCUGCAGAGGCUCAGCACUUUCUAAGCUAUAUUCUUACAUGUUUGAAUGCAGAAAGAAAAAGAGCCAGUCCGUGCCAUUGGAAUUUCUUUAGCCCCCUCUCUGGACUAAGAUUUCAGCCCGUUAUGGGCCAGCCUACAAUCUAUCCUGCUCUCUUGGGGUAUGUAUACACAGCAACAUUAUUAUAAUGUCAAAAUACUGUCAAGCUGGAGGACUUCUUACUCUGACUCUUGUAACCCUCACUGUAUGGGUUAUAAGCUAUUUCGAAAUAAGAUACACAAUUGAUGUAGCUCAAUUUGCAUAGCUUAUUUUGAGUUAAGCCCUGCAGUGUAGAUGCACCCUUGCAGAGUAGUUUCCACCCUGGCCUUCUCCCUGGAGUCCUGCCUUUCACUGGGGCCUCUAAGCAACACUUGUCCCCUUCUCAAAACUUGACCAUUCUGCCAGUGACCUGACGUGGGCCCACCCACUAUUCUGGAUCCUAAGCCAGGAAACCUAUAAAUAACAAUCACUUACUGCUUUUGUUACAUUGCUGCUAUUCCCUGAGCCGCUUUCCACACGUCCCCUUUCCACUUUAUCUUUACCUCAGGGCUGAAGUUAUCACUUGAGCUCCCACAUCCAGCAAAGAGCAUCUUUCUUUUGCCACGUCCCAACAAGCAACUGAUCUAUUAAGGGCCUGCAGCUCUUUUUAACUGAGUCUGGUGUGUGCGGAUUGGCCACUUCACCACAGCCUCUCUAGGUAGGCCUGGAGUGGAGUGUGAUGGAACAAAAAGCCUCCAGCAGGGAGAUCUCAAAGGUCCUUAUCCACUCCAUCACAGAGAAAGAGGGCUAUACUGAAAGGAGAGCUGUCCAUCUGGAAGGAGAUGACUGAUUAAGUUCCCUGAGGAUCUAUUUGAGGACCAAUCUUGAAUAUUUUUUUCUUUAGUGACUAAUGGCACAGGAAGUGGAAGUGUGCUAAUGAAAUUUCCCAAUGACACAAAGUUGGGAUGCAUGAUCAGUACAGAGGAGGAAUGGAAUAUUAUACAUGAAAAAUUGGGUGAGUUAGAGGAUUAGACUAAGAAAUUGGAUGAAAUUUAAUACAAAUUCAUGCUCUUAAGGAAUAACAAGAAUUUCUGCUUUAAACUUGAGACUCAGCAGUUGGAAACAGGAGAAAGACCCAUGUACAUUAGUUAAUCACAGGAUAAAAACUGCCAGUAUAAUGUGGCUUUGAAAAAGUCAUAUAUGAUCCUACAAUAUAUGCAAACUAUUUCCAGUAAAGAUAUAGGUAAAGUACUAAUGUUAUUGUGUGAGGAAUUGGUAGGGUCUCAGCUAGAAUACUGUGCACGAUUCUGAUAACCCAUGUUCAAGAAAAAUUAUUUCAAGCUGGAAAAGAUGCAGAGGAAGACUACUAGGAUAAUCAGGAAUGGAGAGCUGGUCUUACUAGAGGAGACCAAAAGAGCUUGGGUUGUUUAGCAUAGUAAAAUGCAGGGUGAGAGGGAAUACAGUUGUUCUCUCUAUAUACAUCAGGGUAGCAAUUACCCUGGAGAGAGAACUAUUUAAGGCUAAAGACAAUGUAGGCACAAGAACCAAAAGGUAUAAAAGAACCAUGAAUAAAUUCAGGAAGAGGUUUCUAGCAAUCAGAGAAGUGAUGUUCUGGUACAGCUUUCCAAUAGGUAGCUUGUUUGCCCCUAUUACAUGUAGUUUUAAGGUCAAGCUUGAUAAAUUUGAAGUAUGAGAUUGAUUGACUGGAUUGCCUGUGAUAAUCGGAAAUUGGGCUCAGUGACCAAAAAGAUCCCUUUCUAUGCUAUACAUAUUUGUUGGUUUUGGAUUAUGAACUUUUGGGGCAGAGGUUAUGCCUGUGAAGAUGUUUUUGUGCAGUGCAGAGCGUGGUGAUCUACAAAUCUGAUGAUGCCUUUGUACAGCAAUAGUUGCCAGAUAAUAAUUAUCAUGGAAGAAAGUGCAAAAAUAAUUGAGAGAAACAGACGUGAUGGGCUAGUGAAAGCUGGCAUCAGUGGAAACAUAAGAGAAGGGACAGAGCUAUGAAGAAGCCUGUUAACAAGCAGUUUGAACUUAAUGUUGGGAACAAAAGGGAGCAGGUGGAGGAACUGAGAGCUCAAUCCAACUCUUAUUAAAGUCAGCGAGGAGAGAUGUUUCUUAGUGGUUGAAUCAGGCAGAAGUGAUAAAAUGGUCAGGGAGAUUGACUUACUAGCUAUGGUUUGAAUGGAUUUAAAGGCUGUGUAUUAUUUAAGAGGAUGCAGUACGCAAGAUGGGGGAAAUGAAGGCAUGGGCUAAAAUUUUGGUUGUGGAUGGAAAUCAUCAUAAAAAUACUGGGAAGAAAGAAACAACAAAAUUUGGUCACAACCUGGAUGAAAGAAAGAGAAGUCCGUGAUGCCAACCAUAUGAUAGGAACGAUGAUAUUUCAGUCAAGAAACAGCUAAAAGAGGUUCAAUGGGCUCUUUUUGAGAACAACCUGGUUAUCUCAGCAUGGAUCGAUCUAGGUCUCGUUUGGGGGGAGGUGAUGAGCAAGCCUCUCCCAUGGAGCACAGUCAUGGUGAAGAUGAGAGACAAUGGCAGCAGGAGCGCCUUAGCAGAGAAGAGGCCUAUUACCAAUUCAUUAAUGAACUCAGUGAUGAAGACUACAGGUUAAUGAGAGACCACAAUCUUCUUGGCACUCCUGGAGAAAUAACCUCAGAAGAAUUACAGCAACGUUUAGAGGGGGCAAAGGAGCAUCUAGCAUCUCAAACUGAUGUAGAAAAUAGGGAAGGUGAAGGAGAAACAGCUGGAGAUUCAGAGGUUUUUGGGGAAAAUUCGAAUAGUGACUCUCUACUAGAAUGGCUGAACACAUUUCGUCGUACAGGAAAUGCUACUCGCAGUGGACAGAGUGGGAAUCAAACCUGGAGAGCUGUGAGUCGGACAAAUCCAAAUAGUGGGGAAUUCCGGUUUAGUCUUGAAAUCAACAUAAAUCAUGAACAUAAUAGUUUUGAAGCUUCGGGUGAUGAAUAUAUAGACAUCUCAAACUUGGAUACUAGCACCAUGCAUAUGGAUAACAGACAUCAAAGAGCAGUCAGUCCAGUAGCCACACGAACUAGGAGCAGGACUUCAAGAGAUUCACAUGGUGAAACUUCUAACACUGCAAGGACCAGAACUGUGAGAAAUUCUGUAGCACAGAGCACUGAAGAAACUUCUUCUCAUGUCUUAGGAAGGCUCAGAAACAGAACUAGGGAGUCAACAGGCCUUUAUAGAACAAGAAGCACUGCACAUAUUUUUUCGGACACUAGUGAGCACGUUGCUAGGCAAAGGGAAAGACAAGCAAGAGUUACAUCCACUGGACUCCAAAGAGCUAGAGCUAAUGUUCAGGUGAGUACAAGCCAAAGACUAGGAAUUCUAAGGUUAAGAUCUACUUUGAGCGGUCGAAGCCGUUCUCCACUUCAAAGACAAGAUGGCUCUUCUAAUUCUGAGGAGCCUAGAUUGAGGCAUAGUAGGAAUUCACACCGUAACUCUAGAAGGUCUACUAGGAGAUAUACAGCUCAGUCUUCCUCUGAGCCGGAUGAUCAAACAGUUGGCAGCACACAGGCACCACAGUUUUUUAAUUCAGCCCCAACAUUGGGCAUAACAUUGGAAGAGGAUGAAUCUAGUAGAUCAACAGCAGCAGUUAGAAGACAUCCAACUAUCACACUAGAUCUUCAGGUGAGAAGAAUUCGCCCUGGGGAAAAUAGAGAUCGGGAUAGUAUUGCUAGUAGAACACGUUCUAGAGUGGGAAUGGCAGAAAACACUGUUACUUUCGAAAGUGAUACUGGUGGAUUUCGCCGAACAAUUUCCCGAUCAGAACGUGCAGGUAUGCGAACCUAUGUUAGCACUAUACGGAUACCUCUUCGUAGGAUUUCAGAAACUGGGCUUGGUGAACCUUCAUCAGUGGCUCUUCGGUCAAUAUUAAGGCAAAUCAUGACUGGUUUUGGAGAACUGAGCUCUUUAAUGGAGACUGAAUCUAAUUCAGAAAUUCAGAGGGGCCGUCAGCACUUACCAGAUAUACAAUCAGAGCUGAAUUACUCACAUGCAGCAAAUGAUAAUAGUGAGCUAAAUGAGGCUUCAGUUAGGCAUAGCUAUGUUGAAGGAGCCAGCAGUGAAACAAGUGGACAGAAUGAUGGGAAUCAACAUUAUGGUCUCAUUAAUGAAAAUCAGGAGAGCAGACAGUCUCAAGAGGCAAACAAUUUGGUUGAAAAUGGAACAUUGCCCAUUCUUCGUCUUGCACAUUUCUUCUUGCUAAAUGAAGAUGAUGAUGAUGAUGAGCACUUGAGAGGUUUAACCAAAGAGCAGAUUGACAAUCUAAAUACCCGUAACUAUGGGGACAAUAACACAGAGAGUGAAAUAAGUAAAACAUGUAGUGUUUGUAUCAAUGAAUAUGUAAUAGGGAACAAGCUAAGGCAGUUACCGUGCAUGCAUGAGUUUCAUAUUCAUUGUAUCGAUCGCUGGCUUUCUGAAAAUUCUACUUGCCCCAUUUGUCGGCAGCCUGUAUUAGCGACUAAUUCAGCAGACAAUGGCUAAAGUUACUUAUAUUAUUUAGUAUUCAAUUAUUUACUUCUGCUAUAUUUAUGGUGAAUCAUAUAGGCUGAAUCAUAAUUUGGAUAAGGGUACAUUUGUUUGGAGCUUUUUAUUAGACUUAUUUAAAAAUAUAGGAAAGUUGCCUAAACCUAAUGUACAUACUAAGUUUUUUCCUUCCAAAGCACUGAUCUAGUAUUGUAUGUAGAGCCAAAUGAUCUUCAUAAAGUUUAUAUUUUUUUAGGUAAUGGUUUUUAUGCUAAGCACUUUUGUAAAUAUAGAAAUGUAAUAGUUAAUCAGUCCUGCUAUGUGUGUGUUUGUUUUUAACAGUGGAUUCUAUUUAGAUUACACAUUUGUCUCACAGGUUUGCUACUGUGUUGAGAAAUUGGGGUCUAAAUAGCCAUUCAUUAGCUUUUGUUCUAAGAACAAUUUAUUUUACAGAAGGAUAUCUUGCUGGACAUGUUUGUUGAAGAUAUUUAAGUUACUAGAAAUGCUCAAUUUAAUAUACAGUAUAUUUUUUUAAUGUUGAAUAUCCUUUCUGAAAACCUGCAAGUUUGGUUCUAUUUAAGCUUCUUUAUAGCAAUUUUUGCAUGUGGUUUUACACAGUGCUUAAUAUUGACAAGUUCUUAUUUGAAAGUGGAUUGGAUUAAGUGACAUUUUGAAAUGUACAUAAUUCAAUGCAGUGACUCUGACAAUCACUGUCUUUCAAUAGUCAGCAGUCAGAUCACUCAAAAUGACAAUUCUAAGAAUGCCUGCCUCAUUUGAACAUAAAAACUCGUUGAAAAAAAUAAACAUUUAAGAAGCUUUUAUUUGCCUUGAAAUUAUUUAAUCCUAGUUCAUGUUUUUAAGACACUUUCAUUUGAAAAUGGAAAGAAUUCCUUGAUUUGAAGAUGGAAAGAAUUCCUUGAUCAUCAUGUAACAGGCAUGAUUUCUAAAUCCUACUUGAAAAUACAGAUUUAUUGUACUUUUGUAUAAAAACACAGAUUUACACUAUUAGUCCUUUUAAAAACUCUGAUAACCACAUGGAAUGACAACAAUAGUGUAAAGAAAGCUAGGCUUUCUCCAAACAUUCCUGUAUAAUAUCGGAUCUUAAAAUUUAUAUCAAUAACUUAUAAAGUCAUAAAAUUGCAACAGGAACAAAACAAAAUGAAGGCUUCAGGUGAAUUACUAUUCCAUCAUAUUCUAUAGGGUGAGAGGAAGAUGUCAUUCUUAAUAUAUGACCUUUACACUGAAUUUAAGCGUAGCUUCCUUUGUUCCAGGUGUGCAUAUGGAUGUACACAAGUAACAGAAUACACAUAUUUGUAUAUUGACUUCAAUAGAAGUGCUAAUGUACACUUAAGAACAGGUCUGGCUUAUUUUUUAAUUUCUUUCAAGUCUGUGUGAAGCACCAGAAUUUUAGGGCAUGUGUACUCAGGAUGUGUUUUGUGUUACUGAGUAAUGGUUAACUAGUGCAGGGUCUGGGAAGGGGCAUGGGUGCGGGAGAGGAUUCUCAGUUGGAGUAGAGAUAAAGGAGGGGGUGCAGAGUUUGGGAGGGAGUUGUGACUUGCCCAUAAAGAGUUCCUUGUACACAGGCAUUUGGGUCUUGAGCUGUCCAGACAAACAAUGCAUGACUAUAAUAACACUAGCAGCCUAUUUAUUUAAAAAAACAGCAAAAAAAUAUUUAUCAUCUUUUCAAUUUCUCAUAAGGAGUCUUGAAGUUUAAAUCUCCUCAGAGUGAUGGAUGUGCUUACUUUGAUCUGCAUAGCUUUUGGAAGUCUGGAGCCACUGGAGAAUGAUAAAGUCUUAGCUUCAGCAUUGAGUCUGCUUCUGUAUUUUGUUUUCAGAUGUGCAUACGUGGAAAAUGCUUUCUCGCAUAAGUAUGCUGUUAAAAAUGGUAACAAACUGUAGUAUUUUUUUUUCUGCCAAAAGGUGGUACUUGUUUCUUAAACUCAGCCAAAAGUUUGUCAUGGACAGAUUUCUGAAACUCCUUUUCAGUUUGUUAAUCACAGUAGAUCUCAGUCAGUUUCUCUUCUUCCUCAGUGUUCAAUAUCUGUGUUGAAGAAGUGUGACCAAACCUGUCACAGAUAGCAGGGAUCCCCCGGAGACUGCCAUUUAAUAUGCUUAAAUACCACUGAGCCCACUUACCUGCCCUCUAGGGUGCCCUAUCAUCCUGUCCAACUGAGCUGGACCCUCCAGUCUCCUUCUGCAAUAGUACAGCAUUAGGAACGCAGCCCACAGCAGAGCAACACAGGAACUAAAAUCAGCUCAGCUCUGGGAAGGCUUAGUCAAAGGUACUUGACACUUUAUUCAGGUGCAUAGCCCCCCUGGGACCUAAACCACACACAAAUCUGUCUGCUUACAUUUUUAUAUAAAGCAGGCUUAUAAAUCAUUUAUUUCCUUUAUCAAUGAAAGAGAUGCACAGCUAUUCCCCAUAACUAUUAUUUACAUAGAAUUUAUUAAAAAACAAAAGUUAUUUUAAGUAUAAAAGGUAGGAUUUAAAUGGUUACAAGUAAUAACAGACAUAUCCAAGUAAGUUACUAAACAAAAUAAAACAGGUUAGCUAAGCCUAAUAAUAAAAAAAAACUUGUUACAUGCAAUUUGUUACCCUAACAAUAGUUAAAAUUAUCUCUUCUCACCUGAUUUUUUCCAUAUAGCCGGUGAGGUGGAAAGAAUGGCUGCUGAAAAAAAACUAGGAUUUCCAUUCUAAGCUAAAACAAGUACCUAAGAAUUUUGCCACUUGAGAGCCAUUUAACUUCAGCCUGGGUCAACAGCUAAUUGUUUACACUACCAAUUUCUUCCCAAAGCAUAUAUUCUAGAAUUUGUUGGCAGUGAUUUUAUGAAAUCGACCAUUUACACUGCAUUGUCUAGCAGUUCCUUCAGUCCCUCAGGCAUGCAUUUUGCCGUGAGGGUUUGUCUACGGAUACUGCAAUGAGUCCAAGAGAUGUUUGAGGCAACCUUGGUUGAUUGAGCAGCAAAUCCGGAAUACUUCCCUGUCCCUGAUUUGAUGCCUUCAAUGCAAAUGCCUAGGCAGCAAGACCAAUCUAUUUCCUUUACUUGAAAAUAUGCGUUAAUCAGAUUGACGAUAUCUGCUCCAGCUGUACGUUCUUUAAUGUUUGGCAAAACAACAAAUCAUCUUCCACCAUAUCUUCAUUCACAUAACGUACAAACAGUAGUAAAAUAGAUUAGUCUAUAUUAUCCUGUACAAGUGGAUGAAUCCACUGUGUCGUUAUUUUUUCACUUUCUGUACAAUUGUCGUUUCCACAUUACUUGGCAUGUCAUUAAUUCUUCAUGACAACGUGUUAUUGGACAAACGUACUACAUCAAUCCUUUUUGCAGCCUUUUCUGUGAGCAUGCAAUGAACAAUGUCUUGUACACAUGAACCAAUCAAGCUCUUUGCUAUGGUAUGGGCUUCUGAUGUUUUGCUACUCAAUAUGAUGCUUCAAGAGCAUUUUUGUUAUCAAAACUUGUUUUGGAUACAAAACUGGUAAUAUCACUUUUCCAGUCAGCUAAUUUUCGUGUGCAGUAAUCUGACUUGUCAAAUUCUGCACGAUGUCUAAUUUAUAAAUGGUGCCAAAGUAGAGAUUUGAGGCUACUGUUUGGUAGAACAUAAAUUACAUACUGGCUUUGGAUAUUGUUGAUCACCAGUACAUGUAAAGCCAUAUUUUAUAUAAUCAUUGUCACAUCAUCUUUUCAUAAGCAACUUUUUGGGACCAUCAUCAUCAUUUGACUUAGGUUUUCCACUUUUGAACUUGAUGAAAUGCUAGCUGAAGUUGAAUGUUUUCUUGUUAUUAGACAGUGUUUCUAUUAAAUGGCCACCAUUCUUGUCUGUCUGUCAUAGGAUUUUCAACUUUCACACACACAUGCAUAUACGUAUACAAACAUAUGGGUGUGCAUUGUCUUUGUAUUGUAAGGGUUGGAAGGGCUUCUGGAAAGUUUGAUUUGACUGGGAUUGGGUCUAGAGGCUUCAAGAAGAUUCGAUCUUAAGCCGCUGGUGUGCGAACAUGGACAUUCAACUGUGUGGAAUUGCUAUUGCCAUCGCCUAUUAUAUUGCCAAAUAGAUUGCUGAAUGUGAACCUAUGAGUCUUGAAAGAAGCGUCAGAGAGACUAGUGAUCAAAUCAGAGAGGAGGAAAGCAAUAUUUCUUGAAAGUUGUUUAAAAUAUGUAUGGCAAUAUUAAAUCAAUGUCAAGUCUCCGUCUGUGAGUAUGUUUUCCUUCUUUGUGGCAUGCCUAUGAAAGAGAGCAUGAGAAGAGUCAUUUCUGUUAACACAAGAAAGCCUGACCUUCGAUACAAAGUUGUAUAAGUGCAAAACGAAGAGGUUCAAAACUCUGAGGAAGCCCUGGAGGAAGACAAAUGAGCAGAAAAUCCACCAGAACAAGAUCCAGAGGAGGAAGCUACAGGUAACAAUAAUUUCUGCAAACAAAUAUUUGAUCGAUGUUGAUUGUAAGAACAGGUUUCUAACCCACUGCAGCCAGUAGCCCUUUAAUAUAUAGGUAAAACCUUAAACUAUGGUCUCUGGCUAAGCUUUCCAAAGGCCUGCUGGUCAGUUGGCCUAAGAUCCAUAAGGCCUAGCUGCCCUAGCUAACUAAGCCUUGAGUACACAGAAAAAACAGGAUGAGCGUAGUAAGCAACCCUGCCUGUUUAUCUUAAAGUAGAGAGCCAAAGAAGCAUAAUAUUAGAUAAAAAGCCAAAACUAACUCUCAUGUCAUAAGUUUCACACCUCCAUGCAAGGCCAGAACCCUGGAAGAGGCCUCAGAGUCUGGGCCGCUCUCCUGAGAGAGAAAUAACAGCUGCCUUCCCAAGGCCAAUCACGAAUUGUUGCUAAAAAACUAGAGAUAGUGCCCCCCUUCACAAGCCCAAUUUGCAAAUCUAUCAAAGGUGCAUUCUAAAUAAUUGCUUUCUGAUAUUUUACAUUAUUUUUGCUUUUCUUUAUACCCCUAGACAAGCACCUAUGGACCACACCUCUUACCUAUCUGGAAGGCACCAUUACCACUCCUAUGCAUCCCAACCAGAAUAUAGCUAUGCCUUUUAAGGCAAUCCUUGGGGGGAGGGGUAGUGACAUAUACUUGUGUUUAGCAAUUGUGUUAACCUGAGCUGUGGGCAGAGUUACUAUAUAACUCUUUUUGGCUUAUUGGCUUAUGAUGCCUUGCUGCUAGAACCUAUCCAGGGGCUUGGGCAUGCCCACCCCGUUGUUUCACUCCACCAGUCAGCUCCCUUUAUAAUGUCUUGUGAUGAUUUACUUGGCAAUGUCCGCUGAGCCCAAGUGGCAAGGUGGCACUCUGCCAGCUCUAUGUGUAAUAAACAC